AUGAAUAUGGACAUCAAGAACGGCUCGCCGGUCGCAGAUUCCGAGGAUCGCGAUUCUGCCGAUAUCACAGAGCACUCGGAAACUAUGGACUCUGGCAGGACAAAUGGUGAUGCCAAAGAGAAUCGGAAAUCCGCCAACGCCAAGGACCCCUCGCGACCGCGUCGGAAAAAGGCCCGACGAGCUUGCUUUGCCUGCCAGCGAGCCCAUCUGACUUGUGGGGACGAACGGCCUUGCCAACGCUGCAUCAAGCGUGGGUUGCAGGACGCAUGCCAUGAUGGGGUCCGAAAAAAGGCUAAGUAUCUCCACGAUGCCCCAGACGGAGCACUGAUGCCCGGCGUGAGUGGAAACUUUCCCACUUAUAACAAUGGAAUGCGCAAUUCCCUCCCGGUGUCCAGAAAUGGCCCCAACGCGGGAGCGAACACGCCGCAACAGCAACAACCGACCAACAACAGCAACAAUGGCGGCAAUUUCUACCCCACGCCCCAGCCACAGUCGCAGCCCCAGGCUCAGGCUCAGCCGGGUUCCUACAAUAUGUACCAUCAGGAUACCCUGAGCCAAAGUCCUUUCACCACCCAAUCCCCCGUCUCGCCCACCUUCAACCUCAAGACCAGCGCCAAUGGUCGUAACUCAAGUCUAUCCUCCACCGUUAACCAACAACCCACACCCAACACCGCGAUCUCUGGUGAAACCGGAAACCCACAGAACCCCUUUGCGGGGCCCUUCUUCGACCCCAGUGACCCCGCUUUGUUUAAUUUUGACCUGUCAAGUAUGAAUUUCGAGAACCGCUAUGGCGCCCUCGAAUUCGGCAUGCUCGGCCACAUGGCGACGGGAGCGGGUGAUUCGCCCAGCGACUCGGCGACGCAGCGAGGGUCGAUCGGCCGCAGUGGGUCUGCACAGUUCUCCACGCCAGCUCCCGGUUUUGGAGAAAGUCCGGGGAAUCAGCCGCCGUUCAUGUUUGGUGAUCCUCUACUGAAUGAUUGGUCCUUCGGUCAGGCCUCGGGCCAACCAUCGCAUGUGAACGUCGGCGGAGUGUAUGGCCAGAAUGGCAUGUUGCCUGGACAUAUGAAAGCAGAUCCACCACAUGCAUUUGCGAUCGAGAGCGGUCCUGCAAACUUCACCAGUCCCGGAUCAGCGACCAGUCCACAUGUGACGACAACGUCCGGGUUUGCUGGAGAAGACCCAUCCUUCAACAAUGUGACGAAACAGAAUAACAACAACCUUGCGCCGAAUGGCCAGCGACCGCCGCUGAUUACCACGCCAAGCUUGAAGCAUCAAGCUUUACAUGUUGUGCCUAAGCGACGUCAUCGAAACCCAUCUUCCAUCUACGAAAGCGUCAAAGAGCCCUACGCUUAUACCAGUGGCUUCCAUAAUCUCACGGCGUUUAUCCAACGUCGAUUCUCCCCACAGAAAACAGUCCGCAUCGCCAAGGCACUCGCAUCAAUCCGCCCUUCCUUCAUCGCAACCACUAAGACACUCAACCGAGACGACCUCAUUUUCAUGGAAAAGUGCUUCCAACGCACACUAUGGGAAUAUGAGGAUUUCAUCAAUGCCUGUGGCACGCCAACAAUCGUCUGCCGACGCACGGGCGAAAUCGCCGCCGUGGGCAAAGAAUUCAGCAUCCUAACAGGCUGGAAAAAGGACAAGCCAACCUCAACUUUCACGCCGCGCGGCUCAGUCGAGAACACAGGCGGGCGACCGCAGCCAGUUUUCUUGGCUGAAUUACUUGACGAUGACAGCGUUGUGGAGUUCUAUGAGGACUUUGCUCGGUUGGCGUUUGGAGAUUCGCGUGGCAGUGUGAUGACGCGGUGCAAAUUGCUCAAGUAUAAGACCAAGGAUGAUAUGGAGGGUGCUCAGCAGGAUGAUGGGAAGUGGAGUAAUGGUCAUUUGAGGAAAGGGGGUAUUGCUGGUGAAGCGGGGAUGAAUCAAUUGGGGUUUAAGGAUGGGAAGGUCGAAUGCGCGUACUGCUGGACAGUGAAGCGAGAUGUUUUUGACAUUCCGAUGCUUAUCGUUAUGAACGUGAGUACCUGA